AUGCAGAUGUUAAGAAAGUAGCCCCAAUUACACCAAUUUUCUUAACAAGUGCACCACAACAGCCACAAACCUGCGCUUCGCGCAGCCCAUAGCGGCGGCGAUGGCAUCUGCCACCACCCGCCCGCCUGAUGUCUCAGAUCCUUUCGACCUGGGAAUUCAUACCCCCGCCAAUCUCAAUCGAAGAGCCCGCACUGCCCUCCUGCAAAACAGCCCCGCUGUCGUGAAUGGACCUGUUGGUGUCCCGCCCGCCUUCGGGAGGACGGCCCAAACGCCGUCUUCACCACUUAAUGCCAUCUCUACUGCUGCGGCCACGGAAGGAGCCCAGCUCGCCCACCCUGAACCCUCCCCUGACCCUACCCCGACUAAUGAACAGCAACCAGUCUCUAUUUUUGAAGCAGCCACUAAGCUCGCGCGCGACCGUGUGGAGGAGUACAAUGCCAAGUUGAAGGUGUUUCAGGCCUUCUGCGCUAAAUUUGAAGAAGCAGCAAAACAAUUCACCACUGGACCCGAACGGGAAUUCGCUCAAAAGUUUGCCGACAGCUUCUUAGACGCCUGGAAUCAAGCACUCACCGACGCCAAAUCUGUUCCGGUACCGACCUAUAGCACGGUCGCGGCCUCGCCCCCGGCCGCAAACAAUGCCCCCGCCCACCAACCCCGACACCAUCAACAACAU